GAAUAAAAUAAUUUAAGUUCCGGUAUGGUCUGUGUGAGGAUGCCGAUUAUGUGCUGUACGGGUUUCCGUGCUGCUGUCGGGGGUUUCGGUGGUCAGCGAUCUCGGUCCGAAAUAAAAUACAUUAUAUAUCGGGUUCUCUCAUUUAUUCUCUUAAAUGCAGCUUAAGCGCCCAAACAGCUAACUUUAGCAACUCUAGUGUAAACGGAGCAGUCGGCGUGAUCCGGACAGUUGGCGGCGUUUUUGGUGUGUUUUUGUAGGCACGGAGCGGGGGUGCGGCCUAUCCAGCAGAGACCGCUGUUCGGAGAGGGAUUUAAGACUGACUCCAAUGACCUUACUCUGAUUUUAUCAAUUUAAAAUAAACAUGUAUGGUACACGGUUCUGAAGAAGGGCUAAAUCAGGAGAUGACGAAGGGUGAACAAGUCCACUGAGUCAAACACCACUUUUUCAUCAAAAGCACCCUGAGCGGAUGGUCACAACCCUGUUGCGUUAGAGCCAAAGAGUCCUCCCGAAAGAAAGACAUCCUUUUACUUCAUCUUUCGUCUUCCCAAGAGCUGUCAAAAUAAGUUCAUCUCUGCCUCCUCACCUCUCCCAUCGCGGGCAAUCCAAUAAUCCCUUUCCCCUGGAAUCGCACGGCAAGAGGUCCAACAACGGCGCCAAGCUGAAUCCCUACACCAGAGCGCGAAUGACGGAGGCAUGGCAGCAGCACUCUGUUGCCCCGCCUCCCGUGGUGCACACCAUACCUCCAGGGACGGAUGCUCUGGGCUGUGCCGUUUACGGCAUUGUCCUCCAGCCGGACACGGCUAUCCAACAGCAGCAGCAGCAGCAGCCUCAGCAACAACAGCAGCAGCAGCAUCAUAGUCAGCAGCACAGCCAGCAGCAGCAUCCGGCACAAGCGCAGCAGCCCUCCUUGCAUGUAGGAAAUGAGGGCGGACACAAGUGUGGCGCAUGCGGCCAUGACAUCUCCCAUCUGGCUAAUCCACACGAGCACCAGUGCAUGGUGAGCCAAGACCGGUCUUUUCAAUGCACUCAGUGUCUAAAGAUCUUCCACCAAGCCACCGAUCUGUUGGAACACCAGUGCGUGCAGGUGGAGCAGAAACCUUUUGUGUGCGGAGUGUGCAAGAUGGGUUUCUCACUGUUGACUUCUCUAGCGCAGCAUCAUAAUGCCCAUAACAGCACUAACCCGAUGAAAUGCUCCAUAUGUGAAAAGACUUACCGACCAGGUUCCUCUGGAAAUGCCACGCCCACUUCAACUAGUGGCAACGCAGGGCAGCCAUCGAACGAUGAAGCAUCAUCCAGUGGCAGCGCUGCCGUUGGGACAUCCGGGCAGCCUACAUUCGAGCCUUCGCAACCCGACAAGCCCUACAAGUGUUCUGUGUGUACCAAGGGCUUCCGUCACUUGUCUGAGCUGACCCGUCACGAACGCGUUCACACGGGCGAGAAGCCGUUCAAAUGCGAAACGUGCGACAAAAGCUUUAGCCAAUCCUCACACCUAGCCCACCACCAGCGCACGCACAGCUCGGAAAGGCCGUUUAAGUGUGCCGUGUGCGAGAAGAGCUUCAAGCAUCGUUCUCACCUGGUGCGCCACAUGUACGCCCACUCGGGCGAGCAUCUGUUCAAGUGCAACCUCUGCGAGUUACAUUUUAAAGAGUCUUCUGAGCUUCUGCACCACCAAUGUCAGCCGCAAGGCGCUCGGCCAUUCCGCUGCGCCACAUGCGGAAAAGGCUUCAAGCGUCCAUCUGACCUGAGGCAGCACGAGCGCACACACUCCGAAGAACGCCCGUUUCAUUGCGAAGACUGCCAGAUGAGCUUCAAACAACAGUACGCCCUGGUGCGCCACCGGCGCACGCACAAAGCCUCCGCCGACCGCCCCUUCAAAUGCAACCUGUGCGACAAAGGCUUCCUGCAGCCAUCCCACCUGUUGUACCACCAGCACGUUCACGGCAUGGACAACCUCUUCAAGUGCGCCUCCUGCGGCACGGGCUUCAGUCAGUCCGGGGAGCUUCUACGUCACAAAUGCGGCGAGCCCUCUGCGACACCCACGAAUCCGGACAAGCCCUACAAGUGCGACGUGUGCGGAAAGGCGUACAAAAAGGCCACCACGCUACAGCGCCAUCAAAAUUCCCACUGCACCGAGAAGCCUCUCAAGUGUUCGCUGUGUGACCGACGAUUCCUGUCCUCCUCAGAGUUCGUGCAGCACAGAUGCGACCCGUUGCGGGAGAAACCCUUGAAAUGUCCCGACUGCGAGAAACGCUUCAAGUACUCCUCGGAGAUGCAGCGGCACAGACGCGUACACACCGGGGAGAAGCCUUACAAGUGUGCCAGCUGCGACAAGGGCUUCAAGCAACGUGAGCACCUGGCCAAGCAUCAAAGCGUGCAUGCGAGAGAUGCCCAGUUUAAGUGCGUGUGGUGUGGAGAACGUUUUGCUGAUCUAGGAGCUCUUCAGGAGCAUACGGUUCAGCACACGGCUGAAGGUGGGGGCUAUCCGGUGUCCUCUCUUAUUCAGUAAUCUAUUCCACCAUCCUGAAUGUUUAGGCAAACUUAUCGAAACUUAUUCCCAAGUCAACAUUUUAACUUGAAUUGUCUCCUAUAUGGGUCCAAGACCCAAUUACCAAAUCAUAUCUUGUUUGCUUUGAUACAAACAUACAUACAUGUAUUCUCAUAUUUGGACUUUGAAAUGUAAGGUCUUGGAAAACAAAUCCCUAUCCCAGAUAACAGUAUUUCUCCAGACUUAUAGGGCAUUUGCAGAGAAAAGAUAUUUUUGAGGCGUUUCAGUUGGAUCUCACAACACCGCCCCUUUUUUCCGAGAAUUAAAUUAACAAAUUGAAUUUAACGUCAGCUAUACUUGUUUACUCUUUUAGUCCCCAACAAUACAGUUGUGCCUCUCAUUUUGACUUUAUUCAUACCUACAUAACAACUAUGCUUUUAUCAGUAGUCUUGAUCCGAGUAUAUUACACAUGCAAGAAUAUCGGAUAACCUCAGACAGUCUCCUGCAUUUAGUUUGCCCCACAGCUAACCGCAUAUACGACAAAAACUGAAAGGGGAACAGAACUGUGCUAUUAUUAACUUUUUUUACUGUAUGUUUGUGGGCGUUCCCCUUGUAUUGUUAUGUAAUGGUCUGUACCAAGAACCAUCACCGUACUGUACCGCACCUCAAAACGGGACAGGUUGUUAACCAGCAGAAGUAUAAGGACCACAAACGGUCUUCACAUUUUACAGAGAUUAUACGUAAAUAUGUAGAAUCUAUAUAGACAUGUAAACUUCACUCUUGUAUACGAAAAAUUAAUAUUACCACGGAAAUCAGUACAGAAAAAUCACCUGAAAGGCUGUAUUACUGUAUGUACAUAGCGAGUAUGUAUGCAACUUGUUUACUAGUCCUGCGUUGUCUUUCUUAAACUCUAUCACAAUUUUAUACUUAGCUUUUCAUUACGUGCAGUUCUUAUUCAUGCGUUAAAUAAUUCCCGCCUCUCUUCCUAGAUGUAGUUUGGAUUGUAAUUGGUGUGUUCAAGGUUGUGUGAAAGUUGGCCAUGUUAUAAAGGUUUUAGCAACUGAUGUUUUUUUUUAUUUUGCCUUUGGGAUUGUGUGACUUCCCCCUUUUACUCAUCUUCACCAGACUCAAGUACUGUAUAGGAACCCAAACAGCAUUUUUAUCCUUCGUUUUGAUCUCUAACCUGCCAACACCAUGUCUUUGCAGCAGAGUGCCCUUUGAGUUUUUGUUAUUCUUUUAUAUAAGACGUAAAUUAACAAUUCUGGUUCCCUGGAUCCAAGUAUUUGUUUCGGCCCUUUUUAGCUUUGAAUGCACAUCAUUGUACGUUUUUUAUUUUAAAUGUGUUUGCUGGACACUCAUUAGAUAACUAAGCUGUUUUAGUAUUUUUUACUGAAACAAUCAUAGUACAUACAUGUGUAAUAUAGAUGGUAAAAGAUACUUCUUGAUACAAAGUACCUUUUGAUAGCAAUGCAAAAUCAUCAUUUGAAUUAAAGUGAAAUGCCUUUUUUAACCCCUCUUAACCCAGUGUGCCCAUCCCGAUGUCCCAUCAUCUAGUAUAGGCAAACAGACAGCGUAUGCUUUAUGUGCAGUUUUAUUUAUGUUAACCGAAAACCCCUCUCGUAGGUUUUUUCUUUUAUCAAGUCCUGUACAUUGGGGUUAGAGGUGACAAUAACACUGUAGCCUGAAUCAGGGACAUCUAGGUUAAUUACAGACCCCUACAUCUUCUUAAUAAUAUGCAUUUAUCCAUUGUUUUAAAACACCAAGGGGCAUUAAGAUUCAAAUAGCAAUUAGGAUUUGAAUACAACGUUUAUGUGUAUUUUAUGUUUUCAUAUUUGUAUAUACAUUUUUUAUUAAUAUUGUUUAAAAUCUAUAUAAAUAUCUAUAUUCUUGGCGGAUGUGUCAAGACCACAGUGGAAGGUUAAAGAAGCCAGACCUUGGUCUUUCUGUAUGGAAGUGUUUGGCCUUCCUCUGUGGUUUUUGAGACCUUUUCACCCCGUGCAUGCCUGCUGUGUUAGCUCCUGUAUUCUGUUCCAAGUAUUUGCGCUUUUGCGCGCAUGUACUACUUAGAUUUUUUCAAAUUGUAGAUUGUGGAUGAGUUAGUAAGAAAACUUUAUGUGGCGGUUGAUGUGACAUUCAUGAUAAAAUAUCUGUAUGUAGCAUUUAAUAUACACAGCACUAAACUAAUAAACCUUUUAAUUAAUAA